AUGGAGGGGAUCACCAGCAAAGGAGAAGAUGAGAAGAAGGGGAUGAUCACCAGCAAAGCUAUGCCAUUCUAUAAGCUUUUGAGCUACGCAGACCCGCUGGAUUGGACCCUAAUGGCAUUGGGGACUUUUGGUUCUAUAGUUCAUGGCAUGGCUCAACCCAUAGGUUAUCUAUUGCUGGGCAAAGCCCUGGAUGCCUUUGGAGAGAACAUCAACGACCCUGAUAACAUGGUUAAAGCACUGAAAAAGGUUGUUCCAUUUGUUUGGUACAUGGCCUUCGCCACCUUCCCAGCAGGAAUACUAGAGAUUGGAUGUUGGAUGUAUGCAAGUGAAAGACAGUUAGCACGCUUAAGGAUAGCAUUCCUGAAAGCUGUACUUAGCCAAGAGAUCGGGGCUUUUGAUACAGAUUUAACAGGCGGCAAAAUCAUCACAGGAAUCAGUAACCACAUGAGCAUCAUACAAGAUGCAAUAGGGGAGAAGUUGGGGCAUUUUCUGUCAUGCUUUGCAACCUUCUUCUCUGGAAUAUUGAUCGCUUUCAUAUGCUGUUGGGAAGUCGCACUGCUUACUUUGGUGGUUGUUCCGAUGAUCCUCGCUAUCGGAGCCACUUACACCAAGAAAAUGCAUGCCAUUGCAGCUGUCAAGAUGAUUUUCCUUUCAGAAGCCACAUUCUUGGUAGAGCAGACAAUAUCUCAAAUCAAAACAGUGUUUGCAUUUGUGGGGGAGUGCAGUGCAAUCAAGUCAUUUUCAGGGUGCAUGGCCAAACAAUUAAGUGUAAGCAAGACAGAAGCGCUGAUAAAGGGAUUUGGAACAGGAAUGUUUCAAGCUGCCACCUUCUGUUCUUGGGCUCUUAUCGUCUGGGUUGGAGCGGUUGUUGUCACCGCCAAGAGGGCAAAAGGAGGAGAUGUCAUUGCCGCAGUCAUGAGCAUCCUUUUUGGAGCUAUAUCGGUCACUUACGCUGCACCAGACAUGCAAAUAUUCAAUCAGGCAAAAGCUGCCGGAAGCCAAGUCUUCCAGGUGAUCCAAAGAAAGCCAGAGAUAAGUUACAAUUCAAAAGGAAAGACACCAGACACCUUUGCAGGCAAUAUUGACAUACGUGAUGUUCACUUUGCCUAUCCAUCGCGGCACGAAAUAGUUAUCCUCAAGGGGCUUUCACUGUCAAUUCCAGCAGGGAAAAUGGUAGCUUUGGUGGGUAGUAGUGGGUGUGGAAAGAGUACUGUCAUCUCUCUACUUUCUAGAUUCUACGAUCCUUUACAAGGUGAUAUUUUCAUUGACAACCAUAAUAUCAAGGAUCUUGACUUGAAAUUCCUUCGAAGGAACAUCGGAACAGUUUCUCAGGAGCCAUCCCUCUUUUCCGGCACUAUCAAGGAAAAUGUGAUGGUAGGAAACAUGGAUGCUGAUGAUGAGCAGAUCCAGAAGGCCGCAACCAUGGCAAAUGCACACUCAUUUAUAUCGCAACUCCCCGAAAACUACUUGACAGAGGUAGGCGAAAGGGGAGUCCAGUUAUCAGGAGGACAAAAGCAAAGAAUUGCCAUAGCAAGAGCCAUUUUAAAGAAUCCUCCAAUUCUUCUGCUUGACGAGGCCACAAGCGCGCUUGAUGCAGAGUCGGAGAAGCAAGUACAGGAUGCCCUCGAGAAGGCUAUGCAGGGGAGAACUGUGAUAUUGAUUGCGCACAGGAUGUCAACCAUAAUCAAUGCAGACGUGAUUGCAGUUGUUGAGAAUGGGCAAGUUACAGAGACAGGGACGCACCAAAGCUUGCUAAAUACAAGUAAAUUCUACAAUAAUUUGUGCAGCAUGCAGAACCUUAGCCCGGUGAUGAAUUCAGCAAGGUUGGUUCAUUCUCAAAGUUCAAUUGUUAUUAUUAUGACAAAAAUAGAAGAUACAGAUUCCGCUGAAGAACCUACAAGUACCAACCAAGAUAGUCCUUCUCAAUUGCGUGAAGAACAUGAAGGACCCAAGGAGACUAGCAGACAGCAGUCCAAGCCUCAGGAAGAUGAGGAGAAAGGAAGAAGAAGAAGAGCAAUCAUAUUCUUCAGAAUCUGGUUUGGCUUGAAGCAUACAGAGCUCAUAAAGACAGCUGUUGGGUCCUUUGCAGCAGUAUUUUCUAGCAUCUCAAAACCAGUGUUUGGAUUCUUCAUCAUAACAAUUGGAGUAGCAUACUACCAUGAAAAUGCUAAGCAACAAGUGGGAUGGUAUUCGAUACUUUUUGCGCUGAUAGGUUUCAUUUCGGUAUUCUCGCACACCUUGCAGCAUUACUUUUUUGGAGUGGUGGGAGAAAAAGCCAUGAAAAACCUCACAGAAGCCCUUUACUCAGGUGUAUUGCGCAACGAGAUGGCUUGGUUUGAAAAAUCUGAGAACAAUGUUGGUUCACUCACCUCGAGGAUCAUCAAUGACACCUCCAUGGUUAAAACCAUAAUCUCAGAUCGCAUGUCUGUAAUCGUCCAAUGCGUCUCCUCCAUAUUAAUUGCAACAGUCGUGAGCCUCAUCGUAAAUUGGAGAAUGGCUCUAGUAGCUUGGGCAGUGAUGCCCUGCCACUUCAUUGGUGGACUUAUUCAAGCCAAAUCUGCCAAAGGAUUUUCAGCUGACUCUGCUGCUGUACAUCACAAACUUGUCGCCCUCGCUUCUGAGUCCGUAGCCAACAUAAGAACUGUUGCAUCCUUUUGCCAAGAAGAUCACAUACUCCGGAAAGCCAAGAUAUCUCUAGAGAAACCAAUGAGGCAAAUCAGAAGAGACAGUGUCAUGUAUGGACUCAUUCACGGCUUCUCUCUUUGCUUAUGGAAUAUUGCACAUGCUGUUGCUUUAUGGUACACAACCAUCUUGGUUGAUAGAAAUCAAGCCACAUUUAGAGACUGCAUCAGAUCAUACCAGAUUUUCUCCCUCACAGUACCUUCAAUCACAGAAUUAUGGAUGCUGAUCCCUAACGUUAUCUCCGCCAUCAAUAUACUAACUCCUGCAUUCGAGACCCUAGACCGGAAAACCAAAAUCGUACCAGAUGUACCAAAAAUAUCACAGCAUGAGGGGAUCAAAGGGAAGAUUGAAUUCCAAAAUGUCAAAUUUAACUACCCAUUAAGACCAGAAGUGACUGUUCUCAACAACUUCAGUUUACAGAUUGAACCUGGAUCAAAGGUGGCUCUUGUCGGGCCAAGUGGAUCUGGGAAGUCCUCGGUUUUGGCCUUACUGUUGAGAUUCUAUGAUCCUAGAGAAGGAAAAGUCCUAGUUGAUCAGCUGGACGUAAGAGAAUACAAUCUGAGAUGGUUGAGGAAACAAAUCGGAUUUGUGCAACAAGAGCCACUUCUUUUCAGUUCCUCGAUUAGAGACAACAUCUGCUACGGAAAUGAAGAGGCCUCUGAGACAGAAAUGGUGAAGGUUGCAGAGGAAGCAAACAUACAUAACUUUAUAAGUAAUCUGCCUGAUGGAUAUGAUACAGUGGUGGGGGAAAAGGGCAGCCACCUUUCAGGGGGACAGAAGCAAAGAAUAGCGAUCGCUAGAACUCUGUUAAAGAGGCCAAUAAUUCUGCUCAUGGACGAAGCAACAAGUGCUCUUGAUGCCGAGUCGGAAAAAUCUGUGCUGAGUGCUUUGGAAUCAGUAGAUCUGAACAACAGUGGUGUAUCCUCCAAAAUCACACAGAUUACAGUUGCACAUAGGCUUUCCACAGUCAUAAACUCUGAUAGCAUAGUUGUCAUGGAUAAAGGUACGAUCAUGGAGAUGGGUUCCCACUCAGCUUUAAUGGCAGCAUCUAAAGGAGUAUACUCAACACUAUACGAGCUCCAAACUUUGCAGACAAGUGAUAAAAAUGUUUAA